CUUUGGUCAGUACUUACGAGCCCUCGAACCACUUCUGAUGUGCGAGUGUUGGCAGCAGAUCUGUCAAGCAAAGGAAGCGGUUGCUUCAGGUGAAAAGACAGCAGUUCCCUGUGAAGUAGUUGGUCGCACUUCAGUUGACGAUUUUGUAGAAAUUUAUACUAUGAUCAAACAUGGCAUGUUACCAGAUCGAGUGUUUUUCACAGAAGCUGAUUUAGUUUUACUUCGAGCCGUCAAUAAGCCUUCCUCUCAUUCUGUUAUGGCCAAGGUGAUCGGCUUGUCUCGUAAACCCGAAUGUUUCGAACUUAACUUGCGCAUGCAUUUUGGUAGUGUAAGAUCUGAAGUUAGUGGUUUCUUGGUACCGAAGACGAAAUGGGAAGUGAUUCAUCUAUGCAGUCUGAGCACAACACAUCGGGAAUGGGCUGCCCUAAGAUCUUUGCCGUAUCUAACAUUGGGUGGUGAUAUUCUAGAAGCCCGUAUCACUCAACCUGCACCUAUAACAGAACAACAGCUCGCAAAAGUAAUGCAGUGCCAGAAAGUCAAUGAACCACAAGGUCGUGCGAUCAUUAGCUCUCUAGCCACACCAGGCUUCUCUCUCAUUCAAGGGUCAGUUUCGUGAAUCCACCACUUGAUCGGAAGACUAAAUCUCAUCGAUUUCUUACAGUCCGCCGGGUACGGG